CGCCCCCUGCCCGCCGCCUCUCCUCUCCGCCCACACUCGGGCGGCCGCUUUGUCUGGGGGUGCCCGGCUGCCCGCUCCCCGCUCCCCGGGCCUGGGCGCGGGCGCUGUCCGGAGCCCCCGGUGCUGAAACCCGAGCGCCCGCCGCGCCCGGUCCCGGCCCAGCAGAACCAUGUAAGGGCCAUGAGCCCCGGCGCAUCGCGGCCAUGGAGGAGGAUUUCUUCCAGCUCAGGCAGCUGCCGGUGGUGAAAUUUCGGCGCACGGGGGAGAGUGCCCGGUCAGAGGACGGCGUGGCUUCAGGGGAGCAUGAGGUCCAGAUCGAGGGGGUCCGAGUGGGCCUAGAGGCUGUGGAGCUGGACGAUGGGGCACCCGUACCCAAGGAGUUUGCCAACCCCACCGACGAUACUUUCAUGGUGGAAGAUGCGGUGGAAGCCAUUGGGUUUGGAAAAUUCCAAUGGAAACUGUCUAUCCUCACCGGCUUGGCGUGGAUGGCAGACGCCAUGGAGAUGAUGAUCCUGAGCAUUCUGGCGCCCCAGCUACACUGUGAGUGGAGGCUGCCCAGCUGGCAGGUGGCACUACUGACCUCGGUGGUCUUUGUGGGCAUGAUGUCUAGCUCCACCCUCUGGGGGAACAUCUCGGAUCAAUACGGCCGGAAAACAGGCCUGAAGAUCAGUGUCCUCUGGACCCUGUACUAUGGCAUCCUCAGUGCAUUUGCGCCCGUCUACAGCUGGAUCCUGGUGCUACGGGGCCUGGUGGGUUUCGGCAUCGGAGGAGUCCCCCAGUCGGUCACGCUGUAUGCUGAGUUCCUGCCCAUGAAAGCCCGAGCUAAGUGCAUUUUGCUAAUUGAGGUGUUCUGGGCCAUCGGGACAGUGUUCGAGGUGGUCCUGGCAGUGGUCGUGAUGCCCAGCCUCGGUUGGCGAUGGCUGCUGCUCCUCUCCGCCCUUCCGCUCCUCCUCUUCGCCAUCCUCUGCUUUUGGCUGCCAGAGAGCGCUAGGUAUGAUGUGCUGUCCGGCAACCAGGAGAAGGCCAUGGCCACCCUGAAGAGGAUAGCUGCAGAGAACGGUGCCCCCAUGCCGCUGGGGAAGCUCAUCAUCUCCAGGCAGGAAGACCGAGGCAAAAUAAGGGACCUUUUCACACCCCCUUUUCGAUGGACAACCCUAUUGCUGUGGUUUAUCUGGUUCUCCAACGCAUUUUCCUACUAUGGGUUAGUUCUGCUCACCACGGAGCUCUUCCAGGCGGGGGACGUCUGCAGCAGUGACCAGAAGAAGGCCGUGGAGGCCAAAUGCAGUCUGGCCUGUGAGUACCUGAGUAAGGAGGACUACAUGGACCUACUGUGGACCACCCUAUCUGAAUUCCCAGGCGUCCUGGUUACUCUCUGGAUCAUCGAUCGCCUGGGCCGCAAGAAGACCAUGGCCCUGUGCUUCGUCGUCUUCUCCCUUUGCAGCCUCCUACUGUUCAUCUGUGUUGGAAGAAACAUGCUCACUCUAUUACUCUUCAUUGCAAGAGCGUUUAUUUCUGGAGGCUUCCAGGCAGCUAUGUUUACACACCAGAGGUGUACCCCACUGGCAACACGGGGCAGCUGGGGUCUGGGCACCUGCAGUGGGAUGGCGAGAGGUGGGCCCUCAUCACCCCCGUUCAUCGCUCAGGUGAUGCUGAAUCCUCCUGUGUAUCUGUCACUGGCGGUGUACAUGUGCUGCUGCGUGCUGGCUGCCAUGGCCUCCUGCUUUCUGCCCAUCGAGACGAAGGUCGCGGCCUGCAGGAGUCCAGCCACCGGGAAUUGGGGCCAGGAGAUGGUGUGGCCGGAGGGGCUCAUGGCCCCAGGUGUCGUCAGGUCGAACUCUGGCUCUCAAGAGUAGUGACUGGGGAGAGGUGGGGGGUGUUGAGUGGGUCUUGGAGGCUGUACAGUGGGGGUGGGGGACUGGUGGAGCCGGGUUGGGACACCCCCCCCACGUCACUGCCGACACCCAGAACUCAUCCAAGAGCAUCACCUGAUCCGGAA